AGACAAAAUAUAAAAUGAAAGGUUGGCCAAACAAUGAAUCAAAGAUUGAAAGGAAGCUUUGUUUGAUUAGAAUCUAGUCUCUAUAUUGUCUCUGUAUGCAGUAUUUACUACCCAACGGGUUGACCUCCACCAAGUCCUUAAUGAUCAAAAUGAUGAACUAAAAAAUGUGUAAAUAAAUCACCCAAGGUUAUAUCAUGAGUCAACGGCUGACAAAGGUUGACUAGCAAUGAAACCCUACCGUCAAAAUUCAAACGCGUUGAAGUGGAAAAAAAAUACAUACAGUAUAUGUUAUUAUGCCAUGAACGCCAUUAACUCCGUUUUCACUCCGAUAACCGGCGGCAGGGAAAAUGAAUGGAUGACAAAAUAUUGUAGAUUAUGUCUGCAGUUUAUGAGAAUUGGGAUAGGCUGAUUGCCGCCGUUCUGCGCAGAGAGGAGAAUCGGGAAAUUGCUCUGAGAUCCUUCAGUGAUCUUUCUUCACUAUCAUCAUCCUCUUCAUCUUCAUCUUUUGAUUUGGGUUCUCGCCGGCAUGGCCGAAUUUCUGUUUCAUCUUUGAGCUCAUCGAGUUUAUUGGUAGGUGAAUCAUUCCCCUGCCAUCUGAUCCUUCAAGCCACGGAUUGUUUCAGUGACUCGAAACUCAUGAAGAAGGGUCACUCCGGCGAUCUCUAUUUCGGAGUUUUACAAACUGGGAUUCGGGUUGUCGUUAAAAGGGUCAAGUUUUCGUCGUCGGAGAAAGAGUUGUGUUUGGUUUCGGAAAUGGGAAUUUUCAGGAUGGUCGACCAUUCCAGGAUGCUUCCUCUUUUGGGACUUUGCUUGGAGAAUGCCGAUGAGAAAUUCCUGGUUUACAAGUUUAUGCACAAUAAGGAUUUGUCAAAAUUCCUGAGUGGCGAGAUUGACGACGAAGGACGGUCAACUCCAUGUCUAGAUUGGACUACAAGGUUGAAGAUUGCAACCCAGGUUGCAGAGGGAUUAUAUCAUCUGCAUCAUGAAUGUUUCCCGCCACUUGUUCAUAGAGACAUUCAAGCAAGCAGCAUUCUACUUGAUGAUAAUUUUGAAGUACGUCUGGGGAGCCUUAGCAGAGCCUGUAUCGAAGAUACAAACUCUAACCCAAAUGGAAUUGCAAGAUUUCUGGGAUUUGAGCAAAAGAAUUCGGGAACAUAUACUGCAAAAUGUGCCUACGAUGUUUAUUGCUUUGGAAAGGUUUUGCUUGAGCUGGUCACCGGUAAGCUAGGGAUAAGUGCUGCCGAUGACACCACCAUUGAGGAUUGGAUGUUGAACAUGCCGCAAUCCAUUGUUUCAGCUGAUAAGAAACUCUUUGCGAACAUUGUUGAUCCAUCUUUAGUCAUGGAUGAUCAUAUGUUGGAGGAAGUGCGGGCUGUUGCUUUUAUUGCCAAGGCAAGUCUCAGUCCUAAGCCUUCUCAGAGGCCUAAGAUGACAGAAAUCCUCAAGGCCUUGGAAGAAUUAUCGGCGGUGAAGAGGAGUAUCAAGGUUUCUCCGAUUGGGGAGAUUUAUCUGCAUGCCAAUUCCAAGAUUUUCACUCUCGGGGAGCUCAGGGAUGCCACCAGAAACUUUGGAGGGGAAAAUUUUCUGGGCCAAGAUGAAUUUGGUAAAUUAUAUCGAGGAAUGUUCCUUGAGAAGUCAAAGUCACAUAGUAACUCCGAAUCACCAAUAGUCAUAAAAAGAAUGCAUCGUAGAAGAAUGAAAGGUUUUCCGCAAUGGCAGGCUGAGGUGGAACUGCUCGGAAGGCUUUCUCAUCCCAACAUACUGGAACUUCUUGGUUACUGUUUGGAGGAUAACCAGUUACUUCUUGUGUACAACUUUAUGCUGGAGCGAAACUUGAAUGAAUACUUUUCUGGAGGUGAUGUCUUGAUGUCUCAAGAGGGUUCUGCUACUCGGAACUUUACUUGGAGCAGGAGGCUUAAGAUUUUGAUAGGAGCAGCAAAAGGUCUAGCAUUCUUGCAUUCAUCACAGCGACAAGGUUUUUUACAACAGAAGAGAGAGGGAGAAGGUUUUUAUGGGUAUUUUAGCUGCUCAAAAAUAUUACUUGAUUCCGAUUGCAACCCUAAGAUUACAGGUUUCGGUGUGGCUGAGGUUGAUCUUCCAGAUGAUCUUUUUGAUGUCGGUCUUAUAAGGGGGAGAUAUGACUAUGUCUAUGCAGCUCCUGAAUAUAAAGGGCUAGAGAAUCCGCACUCGGAUUCGGAGAAGGCUGACAGUAUCCGUGUUCACUGUUCACCCCUGAACUCUUAUCUGGGUAGUGAUGUGUACGGUUUUGGUGUAAUAUUGGUCCGAUGCAUUGGAAGAAAUAAGUCUCAGUGGUUGAAAGAGAAAGUUCCCUUAGAAGCUGCUAACAAAAUGUCUCUGCUUGCCGAAUCAUGUCUUCAACAUAAUCAUGAGCUCAGACCAACAAUGGAACAAGUUGUAGAGACAUUGGAAGUCAUUGAAAAGAUCAGGAGCAACGAAAAUGAGCUGAAUGUGCUUAACUUGAGGACAAGGGGCUGGAAAUGGCAAACACUAAACAGAAUGGCUAAAUUUGAACAAGGUAAGAAGAAAUGA